AGUUAAUUAAUUAAAGGUAUAAAAACUAAACUAUUAAAAGGGCUUAAAUAUAGCGUUUUACGAAUAGUUAGCUGUUGCGUGUUUUUCUUUAAUUCCACUAAUCACAGGGCUCCUUUCCUAAUGCCUGAUUCCUCAGGUGCCACACGGCUUGCACCAUGCCUACCCGCAGUACUCGCUAUAGGUAGAGGUCUAUUCGACAUGUGGACGAGAUGUCUAACAGGUAGGCAUCAUCCCUCACUCCCUACACACCUACACGCAUACCUACCUAGCUACCUAACCCACCUGUCUCAGAUCCCUACCCGGCCAGGAGCAGCUCUAUCGAAGCAGGCCGCCCGCCGUCCUCGCCCUCCCGCGACAUGCUGCUUCGGGCCGCGGGUAUUCGGGACAAGCUGCGGCCGCGCAAUGUCCACCGACCCGGUCUUCGGCGCGCGCUGGCUCGUCUGCGGGCCGGCACCGGGAGGACACAUACUUGCAUCCGACAACACCACAGCACUCUCCGCGGUGCCUACCUCCCUACCGUCGCCGUCGAGUUGCCUACGUUCCAGCUUGGGCCGUCGGCUUACAUGUAGACAGCCGGCACGGAGACUCGUGGGCGAGCGCGCUCCAGCCCAGCCCAUCUCUCACGCGCUCUCACGCUGCCCUCCUCUCUUCAUCUUACCCGUGCGACCGAAUCAGACGAACCUAGGCCGCGGCGGCUGCGAUUGGCCAGGUACCCGUAGGCAACGUAACGUACCUACCUACCUAGAUAUCGACGCCGCGCAGUCCCUUGCAUCGCGUAGGCUCCCCCCCCUCCUCUCCUACCUUGGAUACCUAUCUUCCUAAGGCGCUUCGCGUACUCCCAGCCUCCACCCCUCCGUCGCAUCCAUCUGUGUACCUAGGGAUGUACCCAGGUAAGUAGGUAUCUCCGCCCUCUACCUCGAAGAGGAGGGGGCAGGGGGGGCAGGGGGGGUUCCGCGGGCGACGAACGGACGAGCGAAUCACGGCGCCGCCCGCGCGCGAUGGUGGCGCCGCGAUCUCGCAUGGUGAUGCGCUGCUGCUGCCGCCACCUCGGCCUUUUGCCCUGCUCUGCCCUGCCCUGCCUCGCUUAGGAUGGC